UUGCUGGGAAUUAGAUUCCUAGCGGCCACUCGGAUGACUACACGGCUUGAAUAGCACCUUGUAGCCGUGAGGGUUCCAAAAGAGCCCUACUUCCUGGCAACUGGAAGGGAAACAUGGAGGGUCAGUUUCCGAAGACUCUUUCCAUAGGUGCCCAAGGUCAUGAGUGUUGAUUAUGAAACCGAAGAGACUAUUACUGUGGGUUUUAACUAUAAAACAAAUGCUAUUUUAGCUUUUCUAGGGGCUCUGUUAGUUGGUGACCACAAUGAAAAAUGGAACCCAAGAUGAUCUGGUAACUGGCACGAUUCGUAAGCGCAAGAGCUCCAAAGAAUGGCUGGAACCACAGUCGCUUUCGUUUAUGGAGGCUUUAGCUAAAGAAGAUACUGAUGCAGCUGUUCAAUCAAUAUUAUAUAGAGAAAAUUAUGUAAUGAAGGAACUAGAUAAGUAUUUAUAUCAUCAUGACUUCUUAAAUGCAAGAAGAAAAGAGAUAUUGUAUAAAAAAUGGGUUGAGUGUGUGGCAGAUCCUCUACAGAAGAAAAUUUUAGAAAAAGUUUGUUCACAUAAGAAGAUUAAAAAGAGGAGAAGACAAGAGUUAGACAACUUUUUGAGGCAUUUGAAUAAGAAGGAACAUGCAUUUAUAGAGCACUAUGAUCCAAAAGAGUAUGAUCCUUUUUAUAUGAGCAAGGAGGACCCCAAUUUUCUGAAGGUUAUCAUGCCACCAUUUCGUGAUCCUUUGAAAAAAGCACAAUAUAACAAGGAUGAUGAAAAGAGAACCCUUCUUCAGUGUGAGACUGGCAAAAUCUAUACAAUGAAAGAAUUUAAAGAGAUCGAGAAGGCCCAAUUGCAUUCCAGGUUCCCGAGUAUUUCUAAUUCAAGGCAAUGUAUAACUCCAAAUGAAUGGCUUAAAGUACCCAUGAGUUACAUAGAAAGUGAAUUUUGUAAAAAGAGCAGGAUCAAAGUGAGGGCGAAUUUUAAUGCCAGCGAUUAUAAUUUGAACCCACUGAUAUGGGUGCCUAAUUUUCUGGAAUCCCAGAAGGAAGAAAAGACAGUCAGUCACAAAAACAAAGGGCUCUCCUCUCUGGACAGUGAAGCUCUGUGUCUCCAGGAGGGAAAGAGCUCGAGUUCCAAAGGGAUCAGUUCUGAAGGUCACCAUUCUUCUGCAGACCUCUGCCAGGAGGUAGAAAGGGAUGGGGACUAGGAUGCCGUGAGUACUAACCAGGAUUCGGGUAUGACAACCACACAUCUUGAUUGCUGCUUUGUGCAAGAACCCACAAAAGAAGACAGCUUUAGAUGAGUUCCCUGCGGGCAGGAAUUCUUCUGAGAGGUCCCAAGGAAGACACUGAGGAAUCACUAUCACUGCUCUUGCAAUAAACUUCCUUUAAUUUA